AUGGGACCUCCUGACACGAGAAGACGAGACAGACGGUGUGAAUAUCACAAAGAUCACGGUCAUGAUACGGACAACUGCUAUGCUCUGAAAGACCACCUUGAGGAAUUGGUGCAAGAUAGUCGACUUCAGCAACACGUACAAAGGAACACAAUCAAAACUAUUGCCUUUAGGCAGGAUUCGCCUCCGCUCGGCAUCAUUCAUAUGAUCUACGACCUUCCAAGGCCACUUGCCGUACACUCAAUUCAAGCCCCCCUGAAGCAAUACACACCAUCGAAGCCGCCCCACGAAGCUCUGAGUAUUAUCUUUAACGAUUCUGAACUUAUCGGCAUAACACUCCCCCAUAGUGAUCCAUUGGUCAUUGAGCUACACGUAAAUCGAUUCGUCGUUGAACGCGUCUUCAUAGACCAAGGAAGCACUUUCGAGGUUAUGUAUUACGAAACCUUCAUCAAACUCGGUUUCAAUCAGUCAGACCUGUCUCCGGCUCCCCAUCCAUUGUUUGGCUUCAACGCGAAUCCAUAG